AGCAGAAUGGGGGUAGGAGGGGACGGUACAUAUAAAGGAGCGAGCCCCGUGCCACGGGGGCUCAGUACCGUUCAAAGAUGCAGGCUGCCGAGAUGCUGCGUGGUACCAGGGCAUACGUCUACCAUCUUGUGCUUCUAAUGUCUCUCUCCGUUGACUAUGCCCAUCCAUUCCCGCUCCAACUAUUACCUAGCAUCCCGGGUUAUAUCCCCGUUUAUAUAAGGCACGGGGAUCAACCAUUGGAGGAAAUAAAUCCCGCAUUAGCAGAGGCGUUUCACGAAGGAUCGAGCUUACCUAAGAAGAACUUAGCUAACGUCGAAGGUCCGGCCGCUAUCAGCCUCGAGGAGGACGAGGAAAGCAAAAUCCACGUGGAAGCUGUGCACGUCAGACAGGUGGAUAACGAUGUACCAACCAAAGACGAGAAGAUGAAACCAGCGGAUGAGGAACCGACGGAAACGUCCAAGAAAAAAGCAGUCUCUCAGCCAGUAGUCAAAGUCCUACCGUUGACCGAAGAAGAAGAGAAAGCCCUGAAGGACCUCCGAGUCGAAAUUGAGGAGGAAACGGAGAAUUCGUACGGUGUGCCCCAUUCGAGCCCGAAUCCGAUCGAAUUAUCGUCGGACAAACCUCAACGCAGGAAGAACGUACGAACUUUUAGACCAGUUGUGAAAGUCGAUCAAAUCAUUAUCGACGAAUCAGUCAAACCGGAUCUUCGCCUAAGCGAGGACGCACGGCAUUCUUCCAUGGACGAGGACGCCUCCGCGUCCAUACUUACUGACGAAAUACUACCUGUCAAGGAACAACGUCUUCCCAACGUCCUCUCCAACGUUCGGAAGCUAGCCCUCACGCCAAAAAUGGCGCUUCAAUUGGAGAAGGAACGGAUAGAGAAUCAAUCGUUAGAAGAGAAAUCAAAAUGACACCCCUCGUAGUGAUACUUAUUUAUAGCAAUACGGAUAAUCGACAAUUUUGUGAUAAAUACUUGUUUAAAUAGA